CGCGCCCCGUCCGGGAUGGGGUGCCUGGACGCCUGAGUCGCCGCUCGGCGCGACCUCCGCGCGGGGGAAGGAGCCGGUGUCUCGCGGCCGCGCUAGGAUGGAGGUGCCCGGUGGCAGCGAUCCCAGCGGCGACGGGGCUGGGGAUGGUGCCCACCUGGACCCCCGGGCACCCGGCGCCGCUGCGCCCAUCUCCGGCCAGUGCGCGGCCGCCCGGGAGUCGGAACGCCAGCUGCGCCUCCGCCUCUGCGUCCUCAACGAGAUCUUGGGUACCGAGAGGGACUACGUGGGCACCUUGCGCUUCUUGCAGUCGGCGUUCCUGCAUCGCAUCCGGCAGAACACAGCGGACUCGGUGGAGAAGGGCCUGACGGAGGAGAACGUCAAGAUCCUGUUCUCAAACAUUGAAGACAUCCUGGAAGUUCAUAAGGAUUUCUUGGCUGCCUUGGAGUUUUGUUUACAUCCGGAGCCUCAGUCUCAGCAUGAACUUGGGAAUGUUUUCUUAAAAUUCAAGGACAAGUUCUGCGUAUACGAAGAAUAUUGCAGCAACCACGAGAAGGCCCUGCGUCUGCUUGUGGAGCUGAACAAGAUCCCCACCGUGCGGGCCUUCCUUUUGAGCUGCAUGCUCCUGGGAGGCCGGAAGACCACGGACAUCCCUCUGGAGGGCUACCUGUUAUCUCCUAUUCAGAGGAUCUGCAAGUACCCCCUCCUCCUCAAGGAACUCGCCAAGAGGACCCCCGGCAAGCACCCUGACCACCCCGCGGUCCAGAGUGCCCUGCAGGCCAUGAAGACCGUCUGUUCCAACAUCAAUGAGACCAAGCGGCAGAUGGAGAAGCUGGAGGCCCUGGAGCAGCUGCAGUCACACAUAGAAGGCUGGGAGGGCUCCAACCUCACGGACAUCUGCACUCAGCUCCUCCUCCAAGGGACUUUGUUAAAAAUCUCCGCGGGCAAUAUCCAGGAGAGAGCCUUCUUCCUCUUUGACAACCUCCUUGUCUAUUGCAAGCGGAAAUCCAGGGUCACUGGGAGCAAGAAAUCCACCAAGAGGACCAAAUCCAUCAACGGCUCCCUGUAUAUCUUCCGGGGUCGAAUCAACACUGAAGUCAUGGAGGUGGAGAACGUGGAGGACGGGACAGCGGAUUAUCACAGCAAUGGCUACACCGUCACCAACGGCUGGAAGAUCCACAACACGGCCAAGAACAAGUGGUUUGUCUGCAUGGCCAAGACAGCGGAGGAGAAGCAGAAGUGGCUGGAUGCCAUUAUCCGUGAGCGGGAGCAACGCGAGAGCCUGAAGCUGGGCAUGGAACGGGAUGCCUACGUCAUGAUCGCAGAGAAGGGGGAGAAGCUCUACCACAUGAUGAUGAACAAGAAGGUGAACCUGAUCAAGGACCGUCGGAGAAAGCUGAGCACCGUCCCCAAGUGCUUCCUUGGCAAUGAGUUUGUUGCCUGGCUCCUGGAAAUUGGCGAAAUCAGCAAAACGGAAGAAGGCGUGAACCUGGGCCAAGCCUUGCUGGAGAAUGGUAUUAUCCACCAUGUCUCUGACAAGCACCAGUUCAAGAACGAGCAGGUGAUGUACCGCUUCCGCUACGACGAUGGUACCUACAAGGCCCGGAGUGAACUGGAGGACAUCAUGUCCAAGGGUGUGAGGCUUUACUGCCGUCUUCACAGCCUCUACACCCCUGUGAUCAAGGACCGCGAUUACCACCUGAAGACGUACAAGUCGGUGCUGCCUGGGAGCAAGCUGGUGGACUGGCUGCUGGCCCAGGGCGAUUGCCAGACACGCGAGGAGGCGGUGGCGCUUGGUGUGGGCCUGUGUAACAAUGGCUUCAUGCACCACGUGCUAGAGAAGAGCGAGUUCAAGGAUGAGUCCCAGUACUUCCGUUUCCACGCAGACGAGGAGAUGGAGGGAACCAGCAGCAAGAACAAACAGCUUCGCAGCGACUUCAAGCUGGUGGAGAACAUUCUGGCCAAGCGCCUGCUGAUCCUGCCCCAGGAAGACGACUAUGGCUUCGACAUCGAGGAGAAGAACAAGGCCGUGGUGGUGAAGUCGGUCCAGAGGGGCUCUCUGGCAGAGAUGGCCGGCCUGCAGGUGGGGAGGAAGAUCUACUCCGUCAACGAGGACCUGGUGUUCCUGCGGCCCUUCUCAGAGGUGGAGUCCAUCCUCAGCCAGUCUUUCUGUUCCCGCCGCCCGCUGCGUCUCCUGGUAGCCACCAAGGCCAAAGAGACUAUCAAAGUCCCCGAUCGUCCAGAGGCUCUGUGCUUCCAGAUCCGCGGAGCUGCCCCGCCCUACGUCUAUGCUGUGGGGAGAGGCUCUGAGGCUGUGGCCGCAGGCCUCUGUGCUGGCCAGUGCAUCCUGAAGGUCAAUGGCAACAACGUGAUGAACGAUGGAGCCUCAGAUGUCCUGGAGCACUUCCAGGCUUUCCGGAGCCACCGAGAAGAGGCCCUGGGCCUGUACCAGUGGGUCUACCACACCCACGAGGAUGCCCAGGAGGCCCGGGAGGCCCCCAGCGAGGACCCUAGUGGCGAGGGGGCCCGAGAGGAAGACCAGUCCAACUCAGCCUUCCCCCUGCUGUCCCUGGGUCCCCAGCUGAGCCUGCACGAGGACAGCCCUGUGGUCAGCCUGACGGUGGACAACGUGCACCUGGAGCAUGGCGUGGUGUACGAGUAUGUGAGCACAGCAGGCAUCAAGUGCCACGUGCUGGAGAAGAUCGUGGAGCCCCGUGGCUGCUUCGGCCUCACUGCCAAGAUCCUUGAGGCCUUUGCCACCGAUGACAGUGUCUUUGUGCAGAACUGUGGGCGGCUUAUGGCCCUGAGCAACAACAUAAGGACCAUGUCCCACUAUGAGUUCCGCAACAUCUGUGACACCAAGCUGGAGAGCAUCGGCCAGAGGAUCGCCUUAUACCAGGAGUUCGCAGCUCAGCUAAAGAGCAGAAUCAGCCCGCCCUUCAAACAAGCACCCCUGGAACCCCAUCCGCUUUGUGGCCUGGACUUUUGCCCCACCAAUUGCCACGUCAACCUCAUGGAAGUGUCCUACCCCAAGACUACUACCUCGGUUGGCAGGUCCUUCAGCAUCCGCUUUGGUCGCAAACCCUCCCUCAUCGGCCUUGACCCAGAGCAAGGUCACCUGAACCCCAUGUCCUACACCCAGCACUGCAUCACCACCAUGGCUGCCCCAUCCUGGAAGUGCCUACCUGCUGUGGAUGGGGACCCCCAAAGCCAGGGUCCCAACAACAGCAGCUUUGGGUCAGCCAUUGGAACCCUUGGCCAGGAGGACCGGGGUUUGAGCUUCCUACUCAAGCAGGAGGACCGUGAGAUCCAGGAUGCCUACCUGCAGCUCUUUACCAGACUGGAUGUGGCCCUGAAGGAGAUGAAGCAAUAUGUUACCCAGAUCAACAGGCUGCUGUCCACCAUCACGGAGCCCACCUCGGGUGGGUCCUGCGAUCCACCCUCGGCCGAGGAGGCCUCAUCCCCCCAACUGGUCAGCGAGGAGAGCGAGAUGGACAGGACCGACCACGGGGGCAGCAAGAAAGUGUGCUUCAAGGUGUCUGAGGAGGAUCAGGAGGACUCGGGUCAUGACACCAUGAGCUUCCGGGACUCCUACAGUGAGUGUAACAGUAAUCGGGACUCCGUCCUGUCCUACACCAGCGUGAGAAGUAACAGCUCCUACCUGGGCAGCGACGAGAUGGGGUCUGGGGACGAGCUGCCCUGUGACAUGAGGAUCCCGUCAGACAAGCAGGACAAACUUCACGGCUGCCUGGAGCACCUCUUUAACCAGGUGGACUCCAUCCACGCACUCCUCAAGGGGCCAGUCAUGAGCAGAGCUUUUGAAGAGACGAGGCAUUUCCCCAUGGACCACAGCUUACAAGAGUUCAAACAGAAAGAGGAGUGUACAAUUCGUGGCCGCAGCUUGAUCCAGAUCAGCAUCCAGGAGGACCCCUGGAACCUCCCCAAUUCCAUCAAGACCCUGGUGGACAACAUUCAGAGAUACGUGGAAGAUGGAAAGAAUCAGCUGCUCCUGGCCUUGCUGAAAUGCACAGACACGGAGCUGCAGCUGCGGAGGGACAGCAUCUUCUGCCAGGCACUGGUGGCCGCCGUGUGCACCUUCUCGGAGCAGCUGCUGGCGGCCCUGAGCUACCGCUACAACAACAAUGGCGAGUACGAGGAGAGCAGCCGGGACGCCAGCCGCAAGUGGCUGGAGCAGGUGGCGGCCACUGGCGUCCUCCUGCGCUGCCAGUCGCUGCUCUCGCCGGCCGCGAAGGAGGAACGGACCAUGUUGGAGGACAUCUGGGUGACCCUGUCGGAGCUGGACAACGUCACCUUCUCCUUCAAGCAGCUGGAUGAGAGCUACGUGGCCAACACCAACGUCUUCUACCAUAUCGAGGGCAGCCGGCAGGCACUGAAGGUCAUCUUCUACCUGGAUAGCUAUCACUUCUCCAAGCUGCCCUCCCGCCUGGAGAGCGGGGCCAGUCUAAGGCUGCACACCGUGCUCUUCACGAAAGCUCUGGAGAACAUGGAGGCGCCGCCUCCUCCAGGCAGCCAGAUGGUGGAAGAUUUGCAGCAGGAGAUCAAUGCCCAGUCCCUGGAGAAGGUUCAGCAGUAUUACCGCAAACUCAGGGCAUUUUACCUGGAACGGUCUAACCUGCCCACGGACGCCAGCACCACAGCAGUGAAGAUAGACCAGCUGAUCCGCCCCAUCAAUGCCCUGGACGAGCUCUGCCGUCUCAUGAAGUCCUUCAUCUACCCCAAGCCUGGGGCCGUGGGGAGCUUGGGCGCCGGCCUCAUCCCCAUCUCCUCUGAGCUCUGCUACCGCCUGGGGGCCUGCCAGAUCACCAUGUGCGGCACGGGCAUGCAGAGAAGUACCCUGAGCCUCUCCCUGGAGCAGGCAGCCGUCCUGGCGCGGAGCCACGGGCUGCUGCCCAAGUGCAUCAUGCAGGCCACAGACAUCAUGCGGAAGCAGGGCCCCAGGGUGGAGAUUCUGGCCAAAAACCUCCGAGUCAAGGACCAGAUGCCCCAGGGUGCACCGCGGCUCUACCGCCUCUGCCAGCCGCCGGUGGACGGAGACCUCUAGGCACUGAGGUGCCUGGUGCUUGGCUGCGCCCUCUGGAGCUGGGAUUUGGGAGGACACAAGGGGCCGUGUGGCCUUCUCCAGAGCUGGCCCGAGACCUCCUCUCCCGCCUGCUUGAAGAUCUGUCCGGCCUCCUCCAUCACCUCCUGGGAAGAUAAGCAGUGCCCCCACUCUUGGAUGAGCUGGUGGAUCGGCCCAGGGCUGGCAUGUUCUUCACACUUCUGCCAGAAGCCCGAGGGCUGCUGGGGACCCACAGAACUGAUGGGUGCAGCCAGGGCCUGGGCUCCGGCCUGCAGGUCCCCAGAACACAGGGGAGAAGUCACGGGCACCGCAGCUGGAGGCCCGCGGCCCCAGCUCCCUCGGGAUGGCUCAACCUGCACUUUGGAAACCUCUGGUUUCCUUCUAUGUCCACAUUCCAGGCGACCACAUGUGUCUGCUCCUCUUCCUCACCUUAGCUUCCAGAUUCCCCCCUAACCCUGUACUAAUCUGCCCGAUGGACUCGGAAAAGCCGGGCCUCUGCCAGUAAAGACAGAGGGACAGGGCACGACGCCUGUUACCAAGAGGACGGUCGAAAGCCACACCGGCUUCCACCAUCAGCGCCAUUGGAACUGGAGCCAUCAGCCCUGGGCACGAGAUUUGCUCUGACUUUAUUUAUAUGGCGUGAACUCUCUAUGGUAUAUUUUGGGGUUUCUAUGUUGUUGGUGGUAUCGCUGAGAUUUUUUUCCCCCCAGGUUGCGCGAUUAUAUAUUUGACAUUUAAAUUUCAAAGAAAGCUAUAUUGUCUAACAGGGGACCAGCAUAAGGUAGUGUUGACAGCUUUUCCCAGUUCUACUAAAAAAGAAAAAGAAAAACUAAAUUAUUGAAAAUUCAAAAGAUGUCAGUAUUUCAUCUUUUUAAUAUUAGGGUCUUAAGAUAUGGCUUACUGGUAUCGACUAGGGUUCCUUUUCCCACCCACCCUCGGUUCCCCAGCAGUUGGUCUGUAUCAGGGUGAAUUACUUUGUUCUUUGAACGACUGGCUACAAGGGUUUGAGAGGUGGCUGGGCCAGGCCUGGGGGCUGGAAGGGGUGGAACCAUCCAUUGGAGAGGCAGUCCUACACUGGUGUCUGUCCUCUGCAGGUAGAAGGGCUGCCGGGAAACACUUGAGUGGUACCUUCUGUAAUUUAUUUUUUGAUGUUAACUCAGAGCAGGGCAUUUGGGACUUCUCAGCCAGCUAGAGAGACAGGAAGCUACCUUGCCCACCUGGGCACAGGGACCCACACAGGAUCCCCCCUCUGCCCGCCCCCCCAGCAGUUUGUCCCCUCUAGGUUCUGUUGCCAGCAGGGAAAUGUCACAGCUGGGACAGAAGGGAGGAGUCUUUCCAGCCUUGGCUGAUGGGUGAAAUCCGGUGUGGGAUUCCCGCUGCCCUGGAGGCUUGAAGACCCAUCAGCAUCUUGGCCCCCUGUACCCCCAGGGGCCGCCUUCCCUCUCUUGCCACCGUACACCAGAUUGCAAGAGGUGGGCUUGUUGCAGGACAGAGGUGGCACAGAUACAAACGAGGACCCCAUGGCAGAAACGCAGAGGGGCCCCCGAGGGCAAGGGCGUCGUGUACUGGUUUACUUUGAAAUGUACAGAUCUUCUCAUUCAAUUCAUGAUAGAUUUUUUUAUUAUUAUUAUUAAAAGUCGGUUUAUAAUACAAAGAUCCUGAUCUGUGGCGAGUUCCUUUGGGGCCAUCCCUGGUCGCGUGGAGGUGGCUAGGCCGGCCAGCAUCACAGGCGGAGUGAGCAACGGUUUUGAAGAUGGCACGGAGGACGAUCGCUUCGAUACCGUCAGGGUCCUUGAGGCAGCGACCCCUGCUCAGUGAGUUACCACUCUGAACCUCAGUUUCCUUCUCUAAAAUGGCAGUAUAUAUAUUCCCUUGCAGGGGACUGGUGAGGAAUACCCAAGAUUGUACCGUGGCUCUGCUAUUCAGGUGUGCCAGGAAAAUUACCGUCUUUAUAUGUAUUUCACCUUUAUUUUGGAUUCUCAGUUCCUGUUUCACUGUGAUGGUGGAAAAAUGUGAUUGUUCUUCCAGGCAUUCCCUUGCCUCCUUCUGCUGUCAUGCUAGGACUCUCUGUCUCACAUGUGCCUACGGAUCAGGGUGGGUCUGAGGGAUGAGCCAUCCUCCGCCCCAACUUGCAAGGCCCGGUUGGUCUGGAAUCCGCUGGAGUGGAGUUCCAAGUACUCAACACGUGGUUGGGCGGGUUCCUGGCCAAUCAGAAUCCACGCUGGCCGCAAGCGGACCAAUCAGAACAGACGCCAGCACUGAUGCUGUUCCUGCCCACCUGGACCUGUGGUCUCCUGGGUCCCAUGCUGUGAGUGCCUUAUCACCGGCCCAAGCCGGAGCCGUGUUUAUGAAGCUGCCCGAGUCCGUCUGCCGAGUCAGAGAAAUCUCAUUCCGUGGGCCGAAUUGGCCUGCAGACCUGUUUUGCCAGGCCUGCCCCAUGCCUGUCUUUCUCCGUCUCCCUCCCUCCUUGCCUCCCCACUCCUUCAUCCUGACCUCUUCCCUCCUUCAUUUCUUUCCCUCCUUUCCCACGCUUUGGAAAACACUGACUUCUAUGAAAGGCUUCUUUCGGGUGCCUUCCUCUUGAAGGCCCCCCACUAUCAUGGCCACACUCGGGACUCCCCUAAGUCCUGCCAUUUUGGAAGAGAGCCCCUUCUCUCUUAAUCUCUUUUCCUUCGAAACUACCUGUCCCAGAGCUCAUUCUUUCCAGGCCCAAACUGGGUUCCUCCCAGAGAGAAAGCCUUGUGUCUUUCAAUUACAGGUUUCAAAAGACUCAAUACUGUAAUUGACCAGAGUGAAUCCUGGUGGGAUUUCGGGCCCAGUGAUGGACUGAUUGUUUGGAUUAUCUGAAGCCAGUGUUUGGAUACAGGGAAAAUCACUGUAAGGGGACAGCCAUCACCUCGAUCUGUAUUUGGGGUCAAACAGGGAGGAUUUGAUGCCUUCCUCCAGGCAGACGCUUUUACAGGAAGCAGGAGUGUCUGCCCGUUCUGCACCCUGAGGGCCUGCAAUGAGAAAAGUGAGUUCUCCUGCGGUGAUGGACAGGGGCAGCUUUGGUUUAGGAGCUGAGAAGUGGGGUCUCUGCGGCCUUGAGCGAGUCACAUUCCUUGUUAGACAACAGAGCUGCAUCAGCAAACAGAGGUGGAAGCCCAGGGCUGUUUCUUUCUCUGGAAGGCCUCUCUCUCAGUACAAAGUGAAGUAUGAAGGGCUGCUUACAGCAGGGGGGUGUUUUGUAAGAGACAAGAGGUCUCAAACUGGCAGCCAGUGGACUGAAACUUGGAAAUUGACAUGGGUUUUGUUUUUGUUUUCCCGAUAUGGUGUUUUUAUAAUUUUGAAUUAGACACUCAUACUUAAGAACCAGCAGCUUUCACUUCCAAAUUCUGAUUUGGGGUUUGUCUUGAAAAUUCAGAAGCUCUGGUACCAGUGGCCCUUGUGGUACCACGUGUCCUGCCUGGUCACAUAUCCACUGGAGCCGAGGAGUGGCCACUGCCUUUGGGCAAUGUGCCAGCUUUCCAUCCCCCACCUGGCUCAACACAGUCCUUUACCUCACCUGCUCGGCUCCAGGAUGGCCCUUCCAGCGCUGGCCUCUUGACCAUUCAGAUCUUCACCUCUGGAGUUGCCAUGGUGAUGUCGGCUAAGAGAGGAGCUGGUGACCAGGAGUUGCAGUGCUGACCAAUGGAGCAUCAAGAGGUGGGUGAGUCUCCGCAGCUGAUGAGUCUCUCGAACCCUGGUUCUCUGCUCCUUUUGAGCCUCAGAGCUGACUCAGAUAAGGUCCUUUGGUAUAGGUUGUGUUAGGGGCCACUCAGGAAACCAAAGGUGGGAUGGAGUGUGCUGGCCACUUUGUGAUUUUAUCUAAAUUUAACUGUUUAUAUAUUUACCAUCUUCCUCUUCCAUCAGUGAAAGCACCCUGAGAGGAGUCACAUCAAUCCUGUCUGCUGUGGCCCAGUGUCUGGCCCAGUACCAGGCAUCAGUGAACCAUGGCUAAAUAAAAGAAAGAAGGUUCAUAACUGUUAGAGCCAGGAACCCACACCCCAGCUGUGUGUGUCCUAAGGCACAUGCCUCUAACCACAUGCUCAGCACCUGGCUCUGUUCUGGGACUGGGCUGGAUUGUUGAGAACUGGGAAGGCCUGGGCCGAGACCUUUGAAGUCAGAUGCCCUCACCUGCCCCUGACCUGGCAGGCUGCUGUACUUGCGGGGAAGUCACCAUCUCUCUCAGAGCCUCAGUUUCCUUCUCUGAGAAAUGGAGACGUUCACACCCAAAUUUAACUUUCAGGGGAUACAUGCAAUGCCCUAUCGUUCCAGCAGAUGGCGCUAGGGACCUUGUAGUGCCCAGAGCUUGCGGUUACUUGGGUUUGAGUCCUGCCGAGUCCUGCCUAGCUGACUUCCAACCCAAAU